AUGAAGCUCAUUGACGUUGCCCUCUCGCUUGUGGUGCCGGGGCUGGUUCUGGUGCAUCUCGCCGUGGCCCCCUUCACCAAGGUCGAGGAGUCGUUCAACAUCCAAGCCGCCCACGAUGUCAUGGUCUACGGGACGCCCACGGCCGAUGUCUACCAGCGGCUCUCGGGCACCUAUGACCACUUCACCUUCCCGGGUGCCGUCCCGCGGACCUUCAUCGGCCCCGUGCUGCUGGCCGGCAUCGCCCAGCCCGUCGUCGCCCUCGUCGGCUUCGACCACGCCCAGUUUGUCGUCCGCGCCAUCCUCGGCCUCUUCAAUGCCGCCUGCCUGCUCGUCUUUGCCCAGAGCCUCAGACGCGCGUAUAGUGACGCUGCGGCGAGGUGGUACUUGCUGCUCCAGGCGAGCCAGUUCCACGUCAUGUAUUACGCCUCCAGGACACUGCCCAACAUGUUCGCCUUUGGCCUGACAACCCUGGCCUUCUCCUUCCUGCUGCCCCAGCCCGGCAGGAGAAAGUCUAUCCUACCGCGCCAAAGACUAGCCAUCACCAUGUUCGUCUUCGCCGCAGUCAUGUUCCGGUCUGAAGUCGCCCUGCUGCUCGGCACCAGCGUGCUCUACCUGCUCUUGGUGCCCGAGACGUCCGUCGAGCUGAUCAUGCUGCCCUUUGCCGUGGCCUUUGCCAUGGCCCUCUUCAUCUCGGUGCCCGUCGACAGCUACUUCUGGCAGACGCCCGUGUGGCCCGAGCUUUGGGGCUUCUACUACAACGCCAUCCUGGGCUCCUCGUCCGCCUGGGGCGUCUCGCCGUGGCACUACUACUUCACGUCUGCCCUGCCACGCCUGCUCGUCAACCCGCUGGCCUGGGCUGUGCUCCUCCCGCUCGCCCUCGGCCACCCCGCCGUCGGGACCGCCGCUCGCCGCCUCGCCGUGCCCUCCCUGCUCUUCGUCGCCAUCUACUCUCUCCAGCCUCACAAGGAGGCCCGCUUCAUCUUCUACGUCGUGCCCCCGCUGACAGCCGCCGCCGCCCUCGGCGCCAAUCUCGUCUUCAACCGCCGCGCCAAGACCGUCGGUGCCAGCCUCUUGGCUCUCGCGCUCGUCGCCUCCGUGGCUCUAUCGUUUGUCGCGAGCACUGCCAUGCUGUUAAUUUCCUCCCUCAACUACCCCGGCGGCGAGGCCCUCGCCUUUCUCCGCCACGUCGUGGAGCUCGAGGGAGCCGGGGCCCCCGCCGUAGUGUCGGCCCACGCCGACGUGCUUGCCUGCAUGACGGGCGUCACCCUGUUCGGCUCCGCGACCGGCUCCGCCAUGCCCGACGCCGGCGCCGGCGGCUCCACGGCCCCUGCUGGUCAAAGCAGCGCAAACAUAGUCGGCGGGCGAGCCGGCGCCGUCACCCUCACGCUGGACAAGACGGAAGACGCCGCGGUGCUCGCGCAGGACGAUUUUUGGCGGCGCUUCGACUACGUGCUGGUGGAGGACCCGGCCAAGGUCAAUGGUGGCGACUGGGAGGCGAUUGGCGUCGUGCAGGGGUACGGCGGAGUCGAGUUCGUCGGCGGCGUCGACGCGAAAUCGGAAACCGCGGCAUCUCCAGGCAGCAGCAGCAGCAGCAAAGGUCCCGCCGCCGUCGGCACAGGAGCCACUGUGGCGCAGUGGAAGCGGCGCGUCACGGCGCUGACCGGCGGCCGCUGGCUCGGCCCCCGCAUGGUGCCCAGGAUCUACAUCCUCAGGAGGCUUAAAGAUGCGAGACGGUCGCGAAGGAUUGUCGACGCGUGA